AUGUACAGAGUUAUAUGCUUUUCCUAUGGCAUUCGGAAUUCGAAAGAGCCAAGAACAUUAAUUGAAAUGAAAGGCUGCGUGCUGAUGUUCCUCCCAGCCCUCCUGGCCACUCUCCCUGUCUGCCGCGCCAGGAGCCUCGACCCCUUCACCCGCGCCACGCACUCCCUGGACCCCAGCGAUUUCUUCGACCCCAACCAGCCCGGACCCCACGACCUCAUCCACUUCCGAGUUAAAGCCCUGUACACGGCGGGUCUCAACCAAAGCCUGGACGUGUGGGUACCUUCGAGUCCCGGGGAGUAUCCGCUUAUGUAUUUUCUGGACGGGUUCGCGAUGGGGACGCCUCCAGCUGCAUACGCUCAGGUCCUGAGUCACGUGGCCUCGCACGGGGUAGUCGUAGUGGCGCCUUGGGCUAUGACUAUGGAGACACCGGAGCACAAAUUGCCGUCUCUGAUCACAACUAUGGCCUGGGCGGAGGGGCAGUUGGUUGAGAAGAUGGUUCAACAUGGAGUGUCAGAGGAAGUGGUGGUGGAUUUUGGGACGUUGUUGGGCGCAGGGCACUCAGCCGGCGCCCACACGCUCGUCGCUCUCCUGAAGGCCAAGGGCUGCGGGGCUUUCAAGGCUUUGGUGCUGCUGGACCCUGUCGACGGCGCGGACCCCAUGGGGAUGAUCCCCGAGUACUGCAUCACGCCGGGAGAACCACUCAACUUCGCCCUCCCGACGCUGCACCUGGCGGCUGGGUUCGAUCCGGUUCCUGGUUUCUCCGGCUUGGCUUGCGCUCCCGACCAGCUCAGCAACGAGAGAUUUUGGCUCGCACUCCGCCCGACGCCCACCGAUGGUCCAUCAACGCCACCGACUACGCCCACAUGGACUUCCUGGACCCCGAAUACCGGGAGAUGACAGGCGAUUUCUGCGGCCGCAACGACCUCAUCGGCGAGCAAGACCUCUUCACGUACCGGGAGUUCGUGGGAGGUCUCAUCACGACUUUCCUCAAAGCGCUGACGGAAGAAAACUGCGAGACGUACACGACCCUCCUGGAAGACACUUCAACCAUGUCAAUCAACGCCACUUCACGACACGUCAAGCCGACUAGCAGGUGUCCUCAG